UAGCAACACGCUAGUUUCUUGCCUUUUUCUGUUGCUGAGACGUUGUGCAUUGUCAAUAAAGUUGGUGUUGUUGUGUACGCGCCGUUGCUCAGCUGGCUUGCGUGCUUGGUUACCAAGAGUUACAGCAAUGGCGGCGGACGGUGAGCAGCGUGCGAUUUCCGAUGUCACUCAGGCCCUGGCCCGGCAUCUCAAUUGCCUUAACGAUGAGAAUAAAAUGACUAGAAAGAGGGCACUGGCUGCAAUCCAGAAAGAAGCCAUGGACGAGCAGCUGGCCAGUGGAGUUCUGCAGGGUGUCUUCUUGGAGUUGCUGAAACCUCUACUCCGGUGCCUGUCAGACCCCAUGGAAAAGUGUCGGGAGUUGUCUAUCCAAAUCAUAGCGCAUUGCAUCAGUCACGUGCCCAGGCCAGAAGAAGCCUUGCCCUACUUCAUGCCAGCCCUCACCCAGCGCCUGGGCCAACAGGACAUUAUAGAACCUUCUGAAGAGCUCAGACUCGCAAUGGUACAGCUCUUGACUCUGCUCGUGGAGGUGUGUGGGAAGAAGUUGGCCCCUUACUUGGAUGAAAUAAUUAAAAUUUUCCAGAGGACCAUCGUCGAUCCCUUCCCUGAUGUGAGGAAAGAGAGCUGCAAGUGUGUCUCAAACUGUGCCGCAUGUAUACCAGAGCACUUUCACAUGCAGGCAGAGUCAUUGAUUAAGCCACUGAUGCAAACCAUUUCACACCAGCAUUCUAAAGUGCGUGUUGCUGUUAUUCAGACAACUGGAACAGUUAUACAGAAUGGCAAUGGAAAGUCCGUAGAUGAUGUUUUGUCCCAUCUCGCACAGCGACUUUUUGAUGAUUCAGUUCAGGUCAGGCAAGCAGUAACGGUUAUAGUAGGAGACUGGCUUUUGAAGCUGCAAGACAGAUAUUCCUAUUUUCAUAAACUGAUACCUCUCCUGCUGAGCAGCACUACAGAUGAAAUUCCUGAAAUCAGAAAACUGGCUGUUGAUUAUUGGGAGAAAAUUGGCUCUCAGUGGGAAAAGGAGAAUGAAGAGGAUUUGAAAGAUAAACUUGACUUCAGUGCCCCAUGUCCUUCCUAUUACCCAGCAGGGGUACAAAGACCUGGAUUAGGAUGCCGGGAGCUUAUAUUCAGAAAUCUUUCCAAAAUUCUGCCAGCCAUUAGUCGAGAUGUAACGGACUGGGUUGUUGGAACAAGAAUUAAGUCUUCCCAGCUUCUAGCUGUGCUGUUGCUGCAUGGAGAAGAUCAUAUUACUCAGCACAUGGAACUUUUACUUAGUACUCUAUAUCGCUCCUGCCUGGACGAAGAGAAGCAAGUUGUGAUCAAUAGUGUGAAGUGUGCUGAGUUAAUUGGGGCAUUUGUGAACCCUGAGGUGUUUCUGAAGAUGAUUCUGCCUGCGCUUCAAAAGUCUCCUCUGGCAUCUCAUCUAAUGACUCUGGGUGCAUGUAUAAGAGGCUGCUCAAGGGAAAUGCUCAAGACCCACUUAACUAAGAUAACCAGUGUCAUUUCUCAAUCUGAGAUCUGUCAAGGAUCAGAAAAGGUCCUUUACCAAGAGCAGCUGCUGUGCUGCAUCCAGUCCUUAAUUGGUGUGUGCCAGCACGACUGUACAGAGGUUAGCUUACACUGCAUGAAAGUUCUUAUAACAAUACUAGCCAGCCCCGCUUCGGAAAGCCUUCAUAAAAAGGUACAGGAUACAUUAUUGUCGUUAUCAGAAGUACAAGGUUUAAAUGGAGCCCAUGAUCUGUACAGGCAACACAUGCAACAGCUGUUGGAUUGGAUGUCAGAAAGUCACAAUCAUUGGACCAGUUAUUCAGUGGAGCAAACACAGUUUGAAGUUAUUGCUACUGAGUCUGGCCCUGUGAUGGGAGAAACUCUUCAUCUGUUCAUGCCAAUUGUGAAGACGUGCCUUCAGACAACACGAGAACCUCAAAUGCGCCUGAAGGUUUUCACAAUGCUGUCAAAACUGUUGCUGAAAGCAAGCGAAACAGUCAACUCCCAAGGGCAGCUCCAUAGUUAUUCUGAGAGCUUCAUAAACGAUAUGAUCGUGCCAAAUCUCAAGUGGCAAGCUGGCAGAACAGCAGGAGCCAUCCGAACGGUCGCUGUAUCAUGCCUGUGGGUCCUUCUCCAGAGUGAAACUCUAUCACAGCAAGAGAUUCUUCGGGUAGAAGACAAUUUGAUGCCCCAGGUCAUCACGACAUUGGAAGAGGACUCAAAGAUGUGCCGGCUAAUGUCUUGCCGCAUUAUCAGAGCUCUUCUGAGUCCUUGUGAAGGGCAGCUGCACCCUGAUAAACUGAACAAGAUUUAUCCUGAACUUUUAAAGCGCCUGGAUGAUGCUUCUGACGAGGUUAGAGUUGCAGCUGUUAAAACCCUCUAUCAGUGGUUUAAAUGCAUCAACGAAGAGUAUGAAAGAACUACAUAUAAGGGCCACCUUGAGUUUUUAUACAAAGGUUUGCUAGUUCAUCUUGACGAUCCAGAUGCAAGUCUACAACUUAUUGUUCUAGAUCUGCUGAAGGAAGGGAGUGCUGUCUGUCCAUCCCUCUUAUUGCAAGAAAUAGAAUUAGUCCGACACAAGCACAGAUCUCCGGCUUACUGUGAUCAGCUUUUCCAUUACAUUCAGACGUAUACAAGCAGUCCGCCUACACAGUGCACGUAGUACGUCAUUCAGGUUCAAACAGCUGGCUCUUCCCAUGCUCCUGUACUAUUUUUAAACCUAUAUUUAUUUUGCAUUGUCAGUAAUGCAAAGGGAAAACUUCUCCAUGCCCAAAUUUUAAAGUAACCAGCUCGGUGAUUUGAAAGCACAAUCAGUGGGUCACAGAAGAGGAUUUGCUCUGAUGGAUCCCGUCAGUUACUGCACAUGCACCGGUUAUAAUGAUCUUUUGCUUAUUUGAAUACAAGAGGAAAAGAAUGGGCAUCUCCCAGUAUAUAAAUGCUAUUAAUAAGAAUUAACCAAAUUUUCUAUAAAUUUUUACAUUAGGUGUAGACCCCACACUUUCUUGAAACCAAAGACGUCUGCUUUUUAGACCAGCAGGAAAAAGGAAAUUGUCCUGCGUGUGAUCACCUUGCAGAACACUCGGGUCUAGCACUCGAGGGCACAGUCAAACUUGUCUGGUGCAGUUAUUAGUGAUUUGAUCACACACCAUGGAAAGGAACAAACAAGCUUGCUCAUAAUAUAUAUUAUAUUACCACUUGAGGGGCAGCCCUACAGUUUUGUUUGUAACCUAUGCAUCAAACUAUACUUCAUGCAAUACCGCAACACAUGGAUUCAUUUUUUUUUUUAUAUCUCAAAGGAGCUGAAUAAAUAUUGCAAUAUUUACAUCA